GGCCUGUUUCAGGCAGCGGAGGAGGAGGAAGAGAUGGACCCCCCGGACUCGGCCUCGAGCGUCUUCUGCACCCGCAUCCUGAGCAUGGUGAACACAGACGACGUCAACGCCAUCAUCUUGGCGCAGAAGAACAUGCUGGACCGCUUCGAGAAGACCAACGAGAUGCUGCUGAACUUCAACAGCCUGUCCAGCGCGCGCUUGCAGCACAUGAGCGAGCGCUUCCUGCACCACACCAGGACCCUGGUGGAGAUGAAGCGGGACCUGGACAGCAUCUUCCGCCGCAUCAGGACGCUGAAGGGCAAGCUGGCGAGGCAGCACCCCGAGGCCUUCAGCCAUGUCCCAGAGGCGUCCCUCCUGGAGGACGAGGACGAAGACCCCAUCCCCCCCAGCACCACGACCACCAUCGCCACCUCGGAGCAGAGCACGGGCUCCUGUGACACCAGCCCGGACACCGUCUCGCCCUCCCUCAGCCCCGGCUUCGAGGACCUGUCCCACGUCCGGCCCAGCUCCCCUGCCGUCAACGGCCGCAGCCAGACAGACGACGAGGACGUGCCGGGCGAGUAGCCCUGCCUCCCAGCGCCGCCCAGGCCCCUCGGAGCAGUGGUGACCUUCCCCAGCCGUCUGAGGUGGCCUCACGAUCAUCAGCUCUGCCACCCUGUUCUGUCGGCUCGGGCUCCUGGCGGGGGACAGGGCUCCCUUCCAAGGAGUGUGGAAUCCGGGGAGGGGGGGGUCUUUAAUUCCAGCCCCCUCCUCCCUCAGAAUGUCUGUCUGCUGCAGCCCCCUCUGUCCCGCCCGGGCACGGCCACCCACGCAGAGUACAAGGGAGCUUUUCCUAGAGCCAGGCCUGAGGUCUGCCCUUGAUACCCACAUCCCCCGAGGCCAGAGCCCGACGUCUCCCGCCUCCCGGUCAGGACCUCCUUGGGGUGAACAAGCACCGUGGUCACGUCCGAGCUCACCCCAGCCCACUCCUGCACCCACUAAUUCUGGCUUCCUGGACCCUUCCGUCAACAGAAGUAUGGAAUACUUUCUCCAGUUGGUGUCUCGAGGAGGUUUCUGAGACAGGUAGAAGGCUCGAGCCGGAGGCCGACCGUCCAUCCAGCCCUGGGCCUCGCGAGGCCUGUGUGGGUAAGAGCAGAGGUGCGGAACCUCAGGGCCCGGCAGGCCUCUCCCGGGGCCUCCACGGAGCAAGCCGAGCCACCUUGGGAAAGAGUUUAGCGGAAUAUUUUUGUACCCGAUGUUUACGGAUGCUGUUGUGGGAAGUUAUCAAUAAAAAGACUCUGUUACUGAAAAG